AUGAGGAAGUUUAUUCAUGUGCACACAUUCUGUUCAAAGCCUUAUCACUUAGUGAGAAUAACUCAACGAUGGACAGAGUGACUUUACCGAAGGUUGUGCACAAGGUUCAGCUUGACGAUGAACCUGAUAUAGUCCGUCGUGCCUCUAUUCCAGCGGGUGAGACACUGCCAGCAUGGGAACACAUUCCGCUGGAUGCCAAAUUCCCCAUGAUUCCGGCGCCUCGAGGUACUGUUGUGUUGGCUACAACUGAACUCUGUGAACCGAAACACUACACUACUAACAAGCAUGAGUUUGAUCUUUCUGAUCCGUACGCUUUAGUCAUGUCUAAUGACUACAGCGCUCUUCACGACCCUCAUCUCAAGGCGCACUUCAGCUCCGUUUACAUGCGCAAACAUCUCAUCCAGAAUGGAUUCAUCACACCUGAGGGACAGGUUGUUUGCAACUUAAAAGAGUUUAAUGACUACAGGCGUUAUUUAAGAAAACUUUGUCUACUGGAGUUGGCCAGACAAAAAAGACAAAAAGAGAAACCAACGACGGACUCCACUGAGGACAAGAAAGCUGAAACAAAAGAGGUGAAGGAUAUUCAGGAGCUGCGCACGCGCAUUCAGGGGCAGGAGAGUGCUCAACGGCAAAGACUGAUUCAGAGUAUGGCCGAUGUUGCCAGAAAAAUAGAGAAACGCCACAGAAAUAUGGUACAACGUCAGAUAGAACGAGAGAGAAAGAGGAAGCAGUAUGAGGAGAAACGCCGCCAGAUGCUCUCCCAGAUACACACUUUGGAAAAGACACGUAAUAUCCGCCUUAUUGCAAAAUGGGAGUUGGGUGAAAGGAAGAGACAAGAGCGUUUGGAAAGUAUGAGGAAACAACAACUCAAGGAGCAACAACAACGGGUUAUCUCAAAGUGGAGACAAAGGCGACGCUUUCAAGAAAGCCAAUUGGCUAUUGAAGCUGAGAAGCGAGAGGAAAUGGAUCGCGAAAAACAGAAACGUGUGGAAAACAGGAAGAACAAAAUGAAACGAGUCUGGGAGAAACAAGAAGCUCUUUUGAAAAGUUUGCAAAACGAAUCGUCAAUGAAAAGAGAUGCCUCUCGGAAGAAGUAUGACCGGCGAAUGUCGAGUGAUGAACGAGGACGUCGAUCCAGCAGAUCUAAUCUUACGUCGCCCUUUCAGAGCAUGUGGGUCAUAGAAAAGGUGCUGCGUAGGCUUAGCUUCCCGGAUGUACCGCCUCGAGUUUUGGCUCAAGACCAAGGAGAUGCACUGUGGGAAUUCCUGGACGGCAUUAUCAACAAUGCUGUGGAAAUUUUAAAAGCAGAGGGGGGGGAUCACGAGCUGGACAUACUGAAGGAAGGGGCACAGACACUGGUGACGAAAACCCUAGACUGUCUAACUCAGGAAAAGUUUCCAGAAGUAAUAAUUUGCUUUGGCGAACCAUCAUCAAAACACUCCGAAGAGCAUCCGCAGGACAAUAACCAGGAGGCCGAUAUCGUCACAUCAACAGAAGAAGCCCUUGCCACUCCUGGGUCGCAGUCUUUGCAAGCUGAAGAGAAAACAGUUAUACCUGUCCCAUCUUCUGUCGCACCGGACAGAAAGAACUCUGUGCCCCAAUCCAGCGCUGCUAUGGAACUAAGCAGCACUCAUUUGAACGUUGUGAGACACAGUAUGAUUAGAUUUGAGAAAGUCAUCCCAGACAAGGGCGUGGUCGACGUCAAAACGGCCAUAUCGAGCCUCAAACUCCUGCUAGAGGACAUCGCCAUGGAUAGGUGUUCACGACGCGAGCUUGAGAUGAUUGUGAAAUACGCCGCGCGAGAUCGAGGCUGGUGGGAUUCUGGGGCGAAUAACCUUGUUGAGAUAAUGCUAAAAACCAUUCUGAGUGAACUUCGCACGGGUAAUGUUAACAACGACGGGUUAUCACAGCUCAUCCUCUCCGUAGUGGGUAUUCCGUUAUAUCGGACUGAAUCCCAUCUCGACCUUCUUGAACAUUUCCUGGCCGUGGUUGUUCGUGAUAUCAGUGAACAGUUAAAAAGCGAUAGUCUGAGCGAUAAUCAACUACAAUGUCUAACGACGGCCAUCACGUCACUGUUUCUCGAUCCGGAAAUAGAUAUUGCCGGAACAGUCGUCACCGAUAUGCUAGCACGUCUAAGAGCAGGUGCCACCGGAAAUGACACGGAAAGAAACACCAGCUCAGUGCUAAGCAAAGCUAUAGUUGGGAAAGUUUUGAAACAUUUGGCUUUCUUCAUGGCAGAAUGGGAUGGAAACAACAAUAUUCCUACUCAUACUGCAAAUGUGAUAGCAAGCAAAACCUUGGCUGAAUUAGGAACCCGCCUAACCGCACAAGAACUCACACAAAGAGAUGCCGUUGGAAGUUCGAUAAUAGCUGAAUGGAUUAUCAGUCAGGCUUUAAGCGGACUUACCCAACAUGGUCCCUUACAGGACAUGACCGAUGAAAUUACACCUCCAGACGAAAAAACAGAAAACUGUGCAGAAGUACUCGCAAACGACGUUAUUCAGACUAUGAAGAGAGAACUAACAGUAGUGAGAACAUCAUCUGUGUGCGACAAAAAGGGCGUUCCAAUCGUUAAAGAUAUCGUUCAGAAUGUUGUUAACUACAUAAUUGACCCAAAGUCUUUAAAGAUCGGGGAUGUUCACCGAGAUGAGCCAGCUAUUGCGAUGCGGAUACUGCAAGGCACUUUAAUUCAUCUAUCUAACAUCGUUACAUGGAAUAUCAAUACAACCAUGGCCGAAGACGAAGAGGCAGAUUACACAUUGGCGAAAACCAUGGUAGCAUAUAGUUUGAGACAGAUUGCAACUUGUUUGGAACUUGAAAAAUACGACGAACCUAAAUCAUCGAAAAGGACCCCUUUCAUCACAAAGAUGCUGGAGGAAAUGGGAGAGACUCGCAUUGUGAGCUCGAUAGUUUCUCAAGAUUUGCUCGGACAUGAAAGCUCAUCUGUGGCUCUUCAUAUUCUCUUAGAAACUAUGAAACAGCUGACAACACUGUUCUCCGAUGAAGAUGAUUCCAUGCUGAACAAAACGGCUAGUAAGACUGUUGAAGAUUCACUGAAAGCUCUUGCAAGCUCAGUAACGAAGCACGUUGUAGAAUCUGCUUCCUCGCCAGUAGUAGUUCGGAUCGUUAAUGAAACACUUAAAUGUUUACGGGGGACAAAUCCAAACUCAAGCAGUUGGAAAGGGGAGGAGAAAAAUGACAAUCUUGUGAACGAAACAGUUUUCAAUACACUGACUGGCUUGCUGGAUGUAGUGACUAGCGUUUUCUCCUGCAUGGAAACAGACGCCAGCAUGGCAGAGUUUGAAGUUUUAGCUCAAGAUAUGAUUUUUGGAACGUUUCAGCAGACUCUAAAAUCUCUGUUAAAUGCUACAGUUAAAGUCAAGAGUGCCCGCAGUGACAAAAAAUCUCCUAUAAAGUUCAAGAUUGUUUGUGAGACCAUACGCCACUUAACUCGCCACUUAAUGCUCAGUACAGCGACAGUGCAAGAUAACAUUGACUUGGACGGGAACUGUGCUGCGAGUCAGCUUGUACGUCACACUUUGGAACAGUUUUCCGAAGUCAUGGUAAGGAGUGUGUCCCGUAUCCAACUGGACAAAGUUUUUUCGCCGGUUCAAUCUGUAACUGAAGGGAUAAAGAAAUUGGCCACAGCUAUAUCAGAUGGUUCCAUGACGAUUGGGGAUAAGCAAAACCUUACCCUUCCUUCAGAAUCAAAGAAACUAGUAAACAAGAUAAAAGAAAACCUGUUGAAUCUAAUGGAUGAAACAAUGUGCCCCGAUACUCAGCAUGCCUUGUUCCAUGUACUAAAACAAACAGCGUUUGGUGUGUCAGAAAGUUUGUCUGCAAGCAAUAUCCACUCUACAGACACAUUAGUCCUCGCCAACCACAUGGUUAAUGACAUUCUUAAUGACUUAGCCACCGUCGUGGCAUCCGCCAGAGAAACGAUCUCUCCACAUGAUGCUAGUGUUGUAGAUCAACAGAUACUGAAUGAAAUCACGCGCAAGCUAGAUAUCUGGACAGCUGCAUGGCCGACGAUGGCCAUGCGCGCUUCCGUGUACGACUUUAACGGUUGUCCUCUUAUAGCAGGUGACAUUGUUAAGCGGCUGUUGACCAAACUAACAGCGAGCAGCUACCGUAAAAACUCAAAGUUUCCUGAAGCCAGUCAUCAUUUCGUUGUAGUGACAUCUGUCUGCGCAAUCUUGAACAGACUUGCAUUUGGUGCCAGUAUGAUUGUUGAUCGCAGUGUCGAUGUUUUCGAGAGUUCGGGUCUAGGAAAACAAACUGACUGUGAUAUACUGAGACAUCUACUUCAGGAAAUUAAAGAGAAUCAACUUCCACCUAACGACGUUAGAGCUUUGGCCGAAACAAUUAUUCCCACAUUCAGCAUUGUAAACUUCCCUGCGUUAAAUAAGGAAACCUCAAAUGCAGUGGUAGGUUUCGUAAUGGAUUUCUUAACGACAAUGCAACAAAAUAUUGAAGACAAUACAUUUUCAGAGCAUGAUCUUGCUGAGGUCAGGGAUGAAGUCUUUCAUAAUGGCAAACAAGUACGCCUUCAAAGAAGAUAUGCUGGUGUUAGAGAAUUUGGGAUUAUUAAUACACGAGAAUUAAUGCUAAAGGUGUUACGUAUAGCUCGGGAUGGAGAAUUUAGACAGUCAGAAAUUGACAGAAUUAGUCGGAAUUUGCUCAAGCUUGACACGACAAAAUCUGAUUCACAAACAAUGACAUUGCAAACAAUGGAUGAACAUAUGGAAGAAACCAUACACAGAUUACGAGAUAAACUACUUUCUGCAAAACUGUCGACAACGGAGCUUAAAAAAAUCACUGCUGGAAUCGUGGAUGCUUGUACUACACAAACCUACGGUGGAAAUGAUUCGGAAGCACCACUGACGAAGGUCAUGGGAAUACUAAGAACUUUAAGCAGCUUGCAGAGAGUUGUAAUGGAUAUUGAGGACGGCAGAUUCACAUAUCACGAAAUAAGUCGUUUAGCAUAUUCCAUUGUGGCGUCCACUUCUGAAAAGAUGAAACAUCCCUCAACAUCAGAAAUUCCAGUGCAAGAGCUAAACGCUUCUGUUGCAGCAGCAAUAACCGAGCAAAUAAAGGACAUCCUGCAGAAUCUGAAAAAUGAUCACAUCGAUGAGCCCGCCGCUGAGAAAAUGGCAGCCGUUAUCCUCUCUAAACUUGGAAAUGGACUUCUCAAUAAAAACGUUUUUAAUCCUGUUGCUUGGAAAGGUUUGUCAAAUUUACUGAUAACCUUAAUCCAGGCUCUGUCUCAAAAACUGAGAUCAUUUAUUUCCAGUUUGACAUUGUCUGUGCCAGUACAUUUGGUAUGUGAUGAUGCCCAGCCAUCGUCCAGCUACAUCAUCAACAGAAAUGCCCCGAAGCUAACACUACAAGGUAUUGAACCAAACACUCUGAACACGUUGGUCAGAUGCGCCCUGAAAACGUUAAUUCGUAGGCUAACUACUAAAAGUGAAAGUGAAAACCAACAAGACAACCAUCCCAAGAUAAGAAGGAUCACAUCACAAAGGGCAGUUGAUCUUGACACGACGAGGACAGUACUUGUUGCCUUGUCAAAAACCUACGCAGAUUUAGAUCAGCUUGUUUUUCAUAAAACUGAAUCUUUAAAAAACAAUGUUGGAAUUUCCGUGCGAAGAGCUCUACUUCAGUUAGUCCAUGAUAUAGACUUGAGGCGAUUGUCUACCAACCAAACGAAUAACAUUGGAGAGACCCUUUUGAAAUGGUGGGAAGGUAACAAAGCAAGCUACGAAUCUACUGCGGCAAACGAAGCUAUGAAAGCUGUUUCCUCACUUGUUGACAAAAUCAAGGUUCGGUCUAAGAUUGUGGGGCCCCCGAGACAAAAUGAGCAGUUUGCAACAGUGAAAAUAACAGAAGAACGCGUAAGAGGUUUCAUUAAGCAGUUUGAAGAAGAGGAGAACGAACUGCUGAAAGCUCUAUCUCAACAGUCCCUGAUUUCUCCGCGUGCUUCUGCUGAAGUUGUUGUUGAGUCUGUGCUCCGUGCAAUGUACGAUGAUACAUGGAUGGAUGAGGAAAUGGGAGUGAAAAUUGUAGACGAGAAAGAACAUCACGACGUAACUGCAACAAAGGCUGUCACUUCACUGUCGAAGCCACUUGAUUCUGAUGUCACUGACGCAAUGGAACAUGCAAUCACGAGCUCCUCACAGGAAAAACAUAGAAUGAAAGACAACCAGACUAACCUACAAACGACCCUCGCAGUUGAAUCGGGCAUAGUCUCCUCUGACAGUUUAACUUCUGCGCUGGAAAGUGCAUUUGUAGAUAUUACAGGCCCUUCCGUCAAAGCUGAACCCAUUGCAAAGAAAAUCAGCGCUGUAUUGCAAGAAUACUCAACAACAUCAUGCAGCGCAGAGGAUAUCACUCAGCCACUCGUAGAAGUGGCAAAGCAGGAUCUUGUGUCAAAAGUCUCGCCUUCAGUUGCCUCAGACCUGGCACGGAAGGCAGCAGAGCUAACUUUGCAGCAUACUGUUAACACUGACUCUACAAAGUUACAGCAUAUUUCCAAUGAUAAUAUUGUUCAACAUGAAAAUGGAGAGAGCUUGGUCGAUUCUACCCUCACACCCAAUAUUUCCCAACUCGCCCAAAGAAUAGUGGAUUCCACCAUAAGGCUUUUGAUCACAAACAACAUCUCUCUUGAAUCCAUAACACAUAAGUUUUCAAAACACAAUUCGUCACACCAGUCCAACUUGCCGGGCAAAGACAAGUCAGUGACUGUGACGAAACUAUCAAAUCUCCAGUGCCCCAGUACAAAGAGUAGCGCCAACGAAGAAUGGGAGAAAUCACAGAAAGAUAGUGUACCGCAAGGUCAAUCAAGCAAGCAUUCCAAUAGCCCCCUUAACAAAGAUGCCAAUGACUUCAACACUACACCUGAAACUAUCAGCCAAAUGUCCCAAGUAGAGGUUUUGGCAGUGAAGUCUCUUGUGGAAUCAUUAACGAAUGAAAACAUUGAACCAGCUAAAAUAACGUCGUAUAUUCAGAAGGCAGAGGAGAGAGAUCCUGCCUUGGUUAAGGUUAUUUCAGGGCCUGGAAUUGUGUACGGUUCAGAUUCGCUCACGGAACAAAUUGUUCAAAUGAUCCUGACCGCUAUGGCUGUUAAAUCUGAGGAGGCAGACAAUUCUACAGCCUUAUCAGACACAUCAAACCUCACUGACAAGGUAGUAAGAUCUUUAAUUAGACUCAUAGAUAAAUCUCAAGAAGAUCUCGAAGGACAAACUAAAGCUACAGCAUCAGCCCUGAGUGGAUUAGUCGACACGAUAGAAAAGGAUUUGGAGAAAGCUAUUCGUAGAUCACAAGAAGACAAUUCUAUCGAUGUAACGGACAUUGCCAAGCCAAUUACUUCCGUUGAGAGAAAAGCUGAGCUGACAACUCUUGACAGAAUAAAAGAAAUCCUCCUGCGAAUAAUUGAGGAUGUUUCGACAAAUCGUCUAACCACAGAUCAACUUGAAGACAUAGCCUCAGCCGCCGUCGAUGGGAUGACCGACAAGUCCUCUCCUCAACCGUUGCCAAGCGCUCGUUCAAAUUCAGCGUCAUCUGGAGCAGUGAUUCAAACAUUACAGGCUAUUAUCAACGACAUUGAUGUCGGGCACUUUAGGCUUGAAGACGUCGAACGAAUAAAAUCUCAACAUUUUUCCCAAACUACCGUUGAACAGAAAGAGAAAAUGGACAAUUCUGAUAAUUUGACUGAGGAGACAUCAAAGGAAUCAAUUUCAAAUAUUAUAAAGGACAUUUUAAAUCGGAUUCUUGAUGAAAUAAAGACAAUCAAUUUUUCGACUGCGCAUGGUACAAGCCUGAUUUCAGAUGAGGCAGACCUACAUAAACAAAACCGAGUUCGCGCAUGGAUUCUGGACAGCCAUGUGUACUGUGAUAAUUCUCAUCUUAUCCAAGAAAUUGCCGUGGAAUCUAUCCACAGUGCUCUAGAAAGGAUAAAGGAAAAUAAAAUGAGCGAAUCAGAAACUCUUGUUUUAGCAGAUGUCAUUAACGAAAAGGUGGCUAGCCAAAAACGGACUGAUGCCAGUAAAAACGACACUCGAAAGUUAGUGGUGGAAACGUUAGAAAACACACUUCUAAUGAUUGACAGAAAUGGACUCUCGACAAAAAUGACGGACAACCUUGUGAAAGCUGUUCUGCGUGUUAUGUUGAUGAACACGGAACCACAAUACUCCGGCGACAAUCCUAACAACGUCUCGCCCUCAAAAAGAAACAACGUUGUUAGGUUUCUGUCGAAAAUUCUCACUCAUUUGUUGACGGUAACGAGCAGUGUACACGGGGAAGAAGGCAGUGAGGCGGUUUUGGAGAGAGACUCCGUUGAGCGUCUUGAUGUUCCUGAAGAUGCUGACAAAAAAAGUCAGUCUUCAACUGACCCAGAAGUUAACAUUUUGCCAACCAUAGGAGGUGAAGAGUUGCAUCUUGAUGCCGAAACAACAGCCACUGCCCUCUCCGCCAUCUCAAUACGCGGCCGUCCUGGUGUUGUCAAUCCCCAUAAUCCAAUCCCUAGAAAUUCUUUCAGGGAUCUGCAUCGACCCGAACUCGGUCGAACUGAAGUCCUGAGUCACGGGAAACCCGUGGAAGUGGAGGCCAAACUGCAGAAGGUUGCGGAAGAAAAUAUCCAUCUUGUGCAUGAUGUGGAAGACAGUGACAUGACGACUAUAGCAGAAGCACCUUCUUCUGUAACUUGCAGCAGUUCCAGUGCCUCGGGUUCCCCGACGGAUCUUGAUGGCAAAUUGCAAAACAUUGUUUCACUUACUUCCCCUGAUGAAGAUUUGGUGAUGGUAACCAAUGUAGAAGGGAGCAGUUCUGUGAUUCACUCCAACACAAACACUAACUCACCUAAACCCAUCAGCAUCAGAAGAAAAUAUGCAACAGGUAAGACCAAGGUGGACAACACAAAAAUGCAAAAAACUAUUAAGGUCACUAUUCCAACAAAAAUACGGAAUAAGGCUCAAGAGGUUCCCGUGGUCGAAAGUCGUUCAAAAUCUGAAGCUUCUUUGAAAAACCGUCCGACAAAAUCUCCAUCAAUGCAUUUGAAACAACGCUCAACUGAGACUGUCGCUUCCAAACAAGGUGCCAUGCUUCCUCAAAGAAAGAAGUCGCCUUCUCCUACAUUCAAACUGAAGAUGAAGAAAAAAGUGGCCGCCUUGGACUCUGGAGGGCUUCAGUCAGAAGGCUCCACUCUACCUAGCGUCACCGGUGCAUGUGAAAUAAAGGAGCAAGGGCCCCAGAUUUUGCGAGUCCAGUCGCUGAGCGGAUUUCAUAGCACCCCUGUUACCAUCCGAGAACUGCAAGUCACACAAAUACCUGAUACCUCACCAAUAAUGGACUCGCCGCUCGAAGGCACUUAAAUUCAUCCAAAUAAGGACGGUUUUCAAAAACUUCAUUACCUUCGAAUCAUGUUGGCUUUAUGAUACACAUGUGGGUCAACGUUCGAAUUUAAAGUCAUCGGUCAUCAGUUGGGUUCUAUGUUGAUUUUUUUUUCUUUAAUCGUAACAUAGAUUUACUGGGUUAAUACAGUAACUUAGUCGCUUUCAACAUAAUAUCUUGUAUAUAACCUAUCUCUUAAUUAGAGGCAUCUUAUUUACUCUGUGUUUUGCCAUUACCAAGUAAAGCCAAUUUUUGCUGUUGAAUAUGUUUGUAAAAAUUUAAACUGUUCGACCGCUAAAUUGAUAACGCAGAAUUAAAUGUACAGUUUAGAAUGAGUGCACUGUGAAUUG